GGCGGGGACUCCGGACCGGAAGUGCGGCCCUGUCCGGUCUCUUUCUCCUUCCCCCACGGCUGUGCUGCAGUCGGUCGCGGGUCGCGGCUGUUCGGUUCUUUCUCUCGGUGUCGGUGUCCUCCACCCCGUUCGGUGCCCACGAUGAACACGGCGCUGUCCCGGGCUAACUCGCUCUUCGCUUUCUCGCUGAGUGUGAUGGCGGUGCUGACUCUCGGCUGUUUCCUCACCACAGCCUUCAAGGACCGGACUGUCCCGGUUCACAUUCAGGUCUCCAAAGUCAUGCUGAAAAAUGUGGAAGAUUUUACGGGACCCAGAGAAAGAAGUGACUUGGGAUUGAUCACAUUUGACUUAUCUGCAGAUUUGAAGCCAAUAUUUGACUGGAAUGUCAAGCAACUGUUCUUGUAUUUGUCAGCAGAGUACAAAACUAAGAAUAAUGCACUGAACCAAGUUGUUCUCUGGGACAAGAUUGUUCUUCGUGGCGAUAAGACAAAAUUGGAUCUGAAAGAUGUGAAGUCAAAAUAUUUCUUCUUUGAUGAUGGAAAUGGCCUCAAGGGUAAUGAAAACAUCACUUUAACUCUGUCCUGGAAUGUGGUUCCAAAUGCUGGGAUUCUGCCUCUUGUAACGGGUACAGGUCACAGUUCUGCUGCCUUUCCAGAUUCCUAUGAGAUGACAAAGAACUAUUGAACUUUUGACUGAUUUCCUUUUGUUAUAUUACCUUCUAUUGUUGUAAUUUGAAGCUCAUAACUUGGAACAUAUUUUUAUAUCCAAAUAUCAUGUUUGUGUGGCUGGGGUGAAAAUAAAUCUAAAAAUUCACCCAAGUGAAAAGAAAAUGGGUGAUGGUUUUGUAUUUUUUGUAACAGGCGCACAAGAAAUCCUUUUACAUUGUAAUGUUUGUGUCCAGAUUCAAUUCCCAUUGUAAAAUUAAGCAGGGAGAGGUGUUGGAGACAUUUAUUUCCGUGCACUAAUCUCUUAGUUCCUCCACUCUCCCACCCUCCCAAGUCUGGAAAACACCUUCUCCCUCUAGUGUUCAAUUGUGCACAGCAGACAUUGGCAGUGCACUGUUUACAACAUGAAUUUCAGUUUCUUUUCCAAAGCCAGAACUCAUGUUACAACUUUGCCAGCCAUUCAGUGUACUGAGAAGGGAGGGAACUCAGUCUCAACUGUGCUUUCUUUGCUUCCCCAGCCCUAACCGAAAUAAAAGGCCACUUUGACUCAUUUUGCAUCCUUGAAGAAAAUGACUCCUUUCCUAAUAAUUAUGGUACUUCGUAAUUCUUCCUCUAACUUCUCAAACUCUAGUCUAAAGCUGUAAAAAGUCUCUGUUUAUUCAACAGGGUAAGGAUUUUCUUUUUACAAUAAAACAAAAUUGAAUCCUAUUUCUCCGAUAUGGACGGGCUGUUUUAUUUCAGGACUGUUCAUGUUUUUCUUUGCAUAUUGAAAACACACAGUAAAUUGAAGCAUGAGUAUUUAUAUCGAGUGAUCUGAAGACAAUUGCUGGAGUCUAAAAUUUGCUUGUAUCCUACAGCACAACAGCUUUUAUAUUGUAUAAUUACUGUGAAUUGCAACAAAUAUAUCAGUGUACGUAUUCUGUGGAACAGAAUAUCUUAA